GGGGUGGUGCCUCCACCAAGCCAUACACAAAGGAGGAGGAGGAGAAGCCAUCUUGCACGAGAGGAAGGAGAAGAAGGAGGCCAAGAAGAAGGCCUUGAAGGAGGAGCAGGCGGCCAAAUUGAAGAAGAUGGAAGAAGAGAAGGCCAGAGAGAAGGAGAGGAUACAGAAAGAAGAGGAAGCGAAGUUGAAAGAGGUGGAAGAGGAGGAAGAAGAUGAAACGCCGCUGCAGAGGAAGAAGGGGCAGUACAGUGGCAGUAGGGAUGAGGAGAUGGAGAAGCGGAUCUCAGAGUGGGUCGCCAACUUAUCCCUGGGCGAAGAAGAAGAAGUGGCGAUGUAUAUCUCUAAGGACGAUCAGGAAGCCGCUAUGAGAGCUUGGGAAGCAGAAAAAUAUGUUGUGAAGCGGCAGGCAAUGGAAGAUGAGAAGAGAAGGGAAUGGAAGUUGGCAGUGAUGAGGGAGAAGAAGAGGAGAGUGGACGCGGCAGCGGAGGCGGCAAAAGAAUUAGAGGAGGUAAAAAGGAUAGAAGAGCAACUGGCCGCCCAAACUGAACUCCCAGCCCAAAUGCGAGUCAUAGCUCAAAAUGUUGCACGCCUGACACGAAUUCAGGCGGAACAAUAUGACUUUAGUAGGAGUCAGCAUAUAGCUGUGCGUUCAAUAAAGCUGGGGUUCCGGGACUUUGCGCGCGAGCUGGUAGGCGCUAUAGGAACCGAGGUGGGCCACCGCCUCGACAAGACUGAGCGGUUCUGUGUCGGCGCCACUGAGGGCAUUAAAGCGGCAGCCCCCAAGGAGGAGGAAGCACGUCCUCCUCACCGGGAACCGGUCAAGGUCAAAUUCCCUGAUUCCUACAGUGGGAAAAUGGAAGAGAACUUUGAUAACUGGGAAGCCAACGUUAAGACCUAUGUGCACUUGCAACAGGUCUCCUCGGAUCAGCAGGUUCUAAUUGUGAUCCACGCGCUGAGAGAUGAGGCCGCCAGUUUUGCAAGAUCCCUAGUUUGCGCUGACAACUGUAGUGACGAUCCCGUUGCGUACUCCUCGUUCACGUCCCUCACCGAAUUCCUGAAGUUGUUGCGCGAGAGAUUCGCUGAUGUCGCCCGCAGCGUUAAAGCCUCAGAUAGGCUGCAGACAAUCCACUCUUACAAUCGUACUAUGGUUAUAGAGGAGUAUGUAGAGGGAGUCCAGGCGUAUUGUCGCCUAGAGAAGGAUGAGAGAGUGGAGAAGGUCCUCCACUCCCUGACUCGCCUCGUAGAAGACAGCCUCCCAUUUGAUAUUGUYCUGGGAAUGGAUUGGGGAGAGGCAGCCGGGGCCACACUCCAUUUGAAGGAGCAUGAGUGUAGGCUCCCUAGCUCUUCAGGCGAGGCUAAGACUGCCCGCCUGUUCCAUGUGUCAGGAGUAGAGAAUCCCUUGGCACAUUGCUGCCUUAGUGCACCUGCAUUCGCUAGAUUAGUGAAGAAGGAGAAACUGGAGGAACAGGUUUUCGUCGCCUAUGUUAGGCCGGUGUCUGAGCCUACGGAAGAAAACUCGAUGGACCCUGCGAUUGCCAAGCUGCUGGAAGAGUUCAAGGAUCUAACAGAGCCGCCGAUAGGAGUAGUACCGCGGCCCAUCCAGCACCGCAUUGAGGUAGAGCCUGGCAGUAGAACUCCUAAGGGUGCUGUGUAUAGGAUGUCCCCACGGGAGUUAGAGGAGCUUCGCAAGCAAUUAGACGAGCUCCUCGAGAAGGGUUGGAUUAGGCCCAGUUCGUCUCCUUUUGGAGCGCCUGUUCUCUUUGUUCCUAAGAAAGAGGGAGAGCUAAGGAUAUUGUUGAGAAAGGAGACCAUCUGGAAGUGGGAUAAGGACUGCACGUCUGCCAUGAAGAAGUUAAAGCAGGCAUUGAUAGAGUAUCCAGUCCUUAAAGUCGUCGAUCCGUCCUUGCCCUUUGUCGUCACGACCGAUGCGAGUCAAUACGGCAUAGGCGCAGUGUUACAGCAAGGCGAUGGCAAUGGGUAUAGACCCGUAGAGUUCAUGUCCGCCAGAAUGCCUUCAGAGAAGGUCGCGACAUCUACCUAUGAGAGGGAACUCUACGCUCUCAGGCAAGCCUUAGACCACUGGAAGCACUACUUGCUUGGGAGGCACUUCAAAGUCUAUUCCGACCAUGAAACGUUACGAUGGUUAAAGACGCAGGCCAAGAUGACACCUAAGCUUACUAGGUGGGCCUCAGAGAUAGAUCAGUACGACUUCGAGCUCAAGUCUGUCAAAGGGAAGUACAACGUAGUCGCGGAUGCUCUGAGUAGAAAAGCUGAUUACUUUGGGGCAACAGUACAUUACCUCGAUAUAGGGAAGGAUCUGCAGCAGAAGGUUAGAGAAGCCUAUGAGCAGGACCCUAUUUACAGUGACCUCCUCAAGAAGGUCAAGGAGGCCCCAGAGAUUGAACCGAACUACCGCACUAUUGAGGGGUUGCUUUUAAUCUGAUGCGCGCGUAUACCUGGCCUGGGAUGAAGAAUGACUGCGUACCGUAUGUUCGCAAUUGUAAGGUUUGCCAGCGCAACAAGA